CAUGAGAAAAACGGGUAAAGAACAGUGAGCCACGAAUGAAUCACAUAUGAAUAUGAGGUGUUUGCUGACCCUCUCGGAUCGUAUCCAUCCACCGAAGCAAUCUAUGGUUCCAGAUUAGCAGUCAGAGCCAAGGACUCUCAAAAAAAUCCGAAUCUUAUUUGCAAGCGAAUUCUGCACAGCAUACUGUAGAUGAAAAUCUACUACUAAAAGGUACUUCAGAAGUCUGUGGGCCUGGCCAGCCUGAGCCUGCUCACCUUCAGAGUCUAUGCUGCACCAAAAAAGGAUUGGCCUCGCAAAAACUCCAUGAAGAUUGAUGAGCUCUCACUCUACUCAGUUCCUGAGGGUCAGCCUAAAUACAUGGAGGAGCCAAGGACUCAGCUUGAAGAAAGCAUCUCACAGCUCCGACAUCACUGUGAGCCGUAUACAAGUUGGUGCCAGAUGUUCCUCAGUGCCACCUGGAGGGCUGGUGCAGUGAUGCCCUCGCUUCCUGGUUGUAGCUGUUGCCAGAUGGCAGAGAGAGCUGUGGAAACGUAUUCCCAAACUAAACCCAAGAUGCAAAGUUUGGUUCAAUGGGGAUUAGACGGCUAUGAAUAUCUCCAAAAUGCUCCCCCAGGUUUUUUUCCAAGACUUGGUGUUAUUGGUUUUGCUGGCCUUGUUGGACUUGUUUUCACUAGAGGUUCAAAAAUAAAGAAGCUGGUGUAUCCACCUGUUUUCAUGGGAUUAGCGGCCUCCAUUUAUUACCCACAACAAGCUAUCACAUUCGUCCAGGUCAGCGGAGAGAAGUUAUAUGACUGGGGCUUACGAGGAUACAUAGUCGUAGAAGAUUUGUGGAAGGAGAACUUUCAGAAGGUGCAGGGCCUGGGUGCAUGUGGCCUACAUCUCCAUGACUGACAAGUCAGCCCACUUGCCCAGCAGAGUAAUGACUCUACUCUCCUGCCUCCUUAGGGUGAAAGGCUGAGAUUUUUAUACUGUAUUUGAUUUUAGUGUGAGCAGAGAGUCUGGAAACAUCAUCCCACGAGUGCUUUCAUCAGGUCAUGGCGAUUCUGUUGUCCAUCUCAGUUCUGACCAGGUUUGGUUUAAAGACUGAUGUGAGGCAGGAGAACCGAGGCCAGCCUGGGGUACAUAAAGACUGAUGUAACGUUUUGUUCUAGAGGCUCCAGUGCUCCUGGGGUUGCUAGAAACAGUCCUGAGUAAAAUUUAUUGAAAAAUGUGUGAAGAUUGACUAAUAUUAGUCAUCAAGAGGAUCAGAAUAAAAUAUGUAUGUUUGUACUAAAAA